CCCGCGCCGGCUUCCGGUGGCGCGUGGUUUCCGGAGCGGAUCGGAACCCGGAGCCCGGAUCCGAUCCGGGUCUGGCCGUUCCCCAAAGCAGGUUUAAAAAUGGCUGAAGAUGGCAGUGACGAGACUAUGUUUAUUUGGUGUGAGGACUGUGGACAAUACCAUGAUUCAGAGUGUCCUGAACUGGGCCCGGUGGUGACAGUCAAAGACUCUUUUGUACUGAGCAGGGCAAGAUCAUCUCUGCCUUCUAAUUUGGAGAUAAGACAAUUGGAAGACGGGACUGAAGGAGUUUUUGCUCUCACUCAGCUAGUGAAACGUACCCAGUUUGGCCCAUUUGAAUCCAAGAGAGUUAUCAAGCUGGAAAAAGAGUCAGAUUUUCCCCUGAAGGUGUUCCAGAAGGAUGGGCCCCUGGUGUACUUUGACACUUCAAACGAAGAAGAUUGCAACUGGAUGAUGAUGGUGCGACCAGCCACCAAAUAUGAGCAUCAAAAUUUAACUGCCUUCCAGCACGACAAUGAUAUUUACUUCACCACCUCCCGGGACAUCCCACCAGGAACUGAGCUGCGAGUGUGGUAUGCAGCUUUUUACGCCAAAAAAAUGGAAAAGCCAGUGCUGAAGCAGGUCACUAGUAUUGCCAAUGAUAUGUGCUUAGUAUCGAUGGAAUCUGAUAAAGAAGGAAAUAAAACUUCUUCAAAGCCUUCAUCUGCUGUCUUCCCCCAUAAAAAAACGAAGAAGUUCAGCAUCUCAGCAGCUGAUCCAGCAGUGAACACUCCAGAAAGCAGUGGAGCUGCAGAACCAGAGUCUAACCAGUGGACGUGUAAAGUGUGUUCAUCUGCUUUCCGGGAGCCUCAACUACUGACAGAGCACUUGCUGAGUCACUUGGAACAGGCUAAAGGUGCCCCUCAAACCAGCCAAAAUGAGGCUGUUGCAGAGAAAACAGCGGAGGCUGCACCGGCAAAGCAGCCAGUGGUUUGUAAUGCCGGCAGCGCCAAUACAGACUCGAGGAGGAAGGCCAGGCGGGGCAGAAAGUCCAAAACAGCAAAAGCAGAAACACCUCAUGUGGCUGUUGAAGAGAAAGAUUCUGCAGUGGAACGUGUAGCUGAUGAUGUAACUGAGGUCCCACCUGAAGAGGUAGCUCUGCCUUCAGCUGCAGAAGAGAGGAUUAUGGAAUUGGUUUUAGGAAAGAUGCCUAGCACCACAAAUAGCAUCAGUUCAGUGACAAAUAGGUUUGCUCAUCACCAAAACACCAUGUCCCUCAAAAGAAGUUUAAUUCUCUCCAGUAGACAUGGUAUACGGCGGAAGCUGAUAAAGCAGCUUGGGGAGCACAAGCGAGUCUAUCAGUGCAGCAUCUGCAGUAAGAUCUUCCAGAACAGCAGCAACCUCAGCAGGCACAUCCGUUCUCAUGGUGACAAACUAUUUAAAUGUGAGGAAUGUGCAAAGCUGUUCAGCCGUAAGGAGAGCUUGAAGCAGCACGUUUCAUACAAGCACAGCAGGAACGAAGCUGACAGUGAGUACAGAUAUAAGUGCACCACAUGUGAGAAGGCCUUUCGAAUAGAGAGUGCAUUGGAGUUCCAUAACUGCAGGACAGAUGACAAGACAUUCCAGUGUGAGAUGUGUUUCAGAUUCUUUUCUACAAACAGUAAUCUUUCAAAACACAAGAAGAAGCAUGGGGAUAAGAAGUUUGCAUGUGAAAUCUGCAAUAAGAUGUUCUACCGGAAGGAUGUCAUGCUAGACCAUCAAAGACGACACUUGGAAGGAGUGAGGCGUGUGAAAAGAGAAGACUUUGAGCACAGCACAGAAAACAUGGUUCGCUACAAGAAGGAGCCUUCGGGAUGCCCCGUGUGUGGGAAGGUGUUUUCAUGUAGGAGCAAUAUGAACAAACACCUUUUAACACAUGGAGACAAGAAAUACACUUGUGAAAUCUGCGGACGUAAAUUUUUCAGGGUGGAUGUGCUGAGAGACCACAUUCAUGUCCAUUUUAAGGACAUAGCACUAAUGGAUGACCACCAGAGAGAAGAGUUCAUUGGUAAAAUUGGAAUCUCGUCAGAGGAAAAUGAUGACAACUCUGAUGAAAGUGCAGACUCCGAGCCUCACAAGUAUAGCUGCAAAAGGUGCCAGUUGACUUUCGGCCGAGGGAAGGAAUACCUGAAGCACAUAAUGGAUGUGCACAAGGAGAAAGGCUACGGCUGUAGCAUUUGUAACCGGCGCUUUGCCUUGAAGGCGACUUACCACGCUCACAUGGUCAUUCAUCGGGAGAACCUGCCUGACCCUAACGUGCAGAAAUACAUCCAUCCAUGUGAAAUCUGUGGAAGGAUUUUUAACAGUAUAGGAAAUCUGGAAAGACAUAAGCUUAUACAUACAGGUGUAAAAAGUCAUGCUUGUGAGCAAUGUGGCAAAUCAUUUGCUAGAAAAGACAUGUUAAAAGAACAUAUGCGAGUCCAUGAUAAUAUCCGAGAAUACUUGUGUGCAGAAUGUGGCAAAGGAAUGAAGACAAAGCAUGCACUUCGUCACCACAUGAAACUUCACAAAGGGAUUAAAGAAUACGAAUGCAAGGAGUGUCACCGAAAAUUUGCACAGAAAGUCAACAUGCUGAAACAUUACAAAAGACACACAGGGAUCAAAGAUUUCAUGUGUGAGCUCUGUGGCAAGACAUUUAGUGAGAGAAACACAAUGGAGACUCAUAAGUUGAUUCAUACAGUAGGAAAACAGUGGACGUGUUCAGUCUGCGAUAAGAAGUAUGUCACUGAUUACAUGCUACAGAAGCACAUCCAGCUCACUCAUGAUAAGAUAGAAGCCCAAAGCUGUCAGCUGUGUGGGACGAAAGUUUCCACUAGGGCAUCCAUGAGUCGACACAUGAGGCGUAAACAUCCAGAGAUUCUUUCAGUGAGGAUUGAUGAUUUAGAGCAGCUGCCAGAGACGACUACCAUUGAUGCCUCCUCAAUUGGGAUUGUUCAGCCGGAAUUAGCCUUAGAGCAGGGAGAACUACCAGAAGGGAAACAGCAUAUGAAAGCUCCUAAACGCAGCCAGAAAAGAAAACAGAAGUCGGGUGAGGAGGAGGAAGCUCAAGUGCCUGAGGACCCUGCCUUCAGCGAAUACACAGAGAAAGAAGGUGAAUUCACUGGGAAUGUCGGAGAUGAGACUAAUUCAGCUGUACAGAGCAUCCAGCAGGUGGUGGUGACCCUUGGCGACCCAAAUGUCACAGCCCCUUCUAGUUCUGUCGGGCUGACAAACAUCACUGUCACCCCCAUUACGACAGCAGCUGGAACCCAGUUCACAAACCUGCAGCCGGUAGCUGUGGGCCACCUGACUGCACCCGAGCGCCAGUUACAGCUGGACAACUCAAUCCUCACCGUGACCUUCGACACCGUCAGCGGCUCUGCCAUGCUGCACAACCGCCAAAAUGACAUUCAGAUCCAGCCGCAGCCAGAGGCAGCCAAUCCGCAGUCUGUGGCCCAUUUUAUAAACCUGACCACCUUGGUGAACUCCAUUGCCCCUCUUGGGAACCAGAUAACAGAACAGCAUCCUCUGACGUGGAGGUCGGUGCCUCAGACUGAUGUCUUGCAGCCCCCGGCACAGCCAACGCAACAGCAGCCAGGACAGCAGCAGGUUCAAACAGAGCAACAGCAACAGAUGUAUAGCUACUAAUUUAUACUGUACUGAGACAGUACUUAGAGACGAAAAUACACAGACAUUUGGAAAAUUUCUAAUGGGAUUGUUUGCUGGAUACCAAACAGAGAUGGGGAAAUGUUUAUACAAUGAAAUAUAAGCUAAAAUUGGCGUAGUUCCCUGCAACACCGUAAUCUUGAGAUUUUCUUGUCUCUAGACCUUGCACUGUCUUUAAAAAAAAAAACAACCACAAACAAAAAACCAAACAGAAAAGAAUCUCAUCGUAAAUCUAGCACCCCCUUGCACUGUGCAUUUUGUGCAGUGAGAUUAAGAUUUGACAGGAGCAUCAUAAUAUACACCUUAACCAAAGCAGGGGUAUCCUAAAUAUUAACAGCACUAGUCAUUUACAAAACCUGUUCAGCCAUACCAUGUCACUUGUUUCCAGUCUGGGAAUUACGUAUGAAGACCUUGUUCACAGUGAGAUGGAAUGCAUUUGUGGUCAGCUGGUAAAGACUGAAAUGUAAAGACACAAAUGGGCAAAACAAUAACUGUCUUGUUUUUUAUCUUCUUUAGGUCUCGUAUCUAACAACAUUGGUUAAAUAGGUGGAGGUUGGGGCUUUGGGGUGGGGAUGAAUGUGAUGUGGAAGAAAAUACACCGAUUUCGCAAAGCAUUUCCAUUUUAGUCAGGGGAAAAAGCUGUACCCAUAACACAGUGUUAGUGCGACUCGAAUGAGAUAGCUGGUCUAAUGCUAAAGCAACUUUUAUGGUCUUCUAGUCAAGUUUGAAUCAAAGCAGUUACAAACCCAAAAAAAACGAAUAUGAUAUGGUUUUCUGUAAUUUUUUUCGAAACUGCUCUUUCAAUCAUGCUUUUAGCUACUAGGUCUGAAGAGCAAUCAGUCCCCUUUGAUCAAGUUCAGGAUGUGAUUUUUUUCCAAUUGGUUGUCUGUCAUCAUGUAAUAAACAGUUGAGAAAGCAUUCUUUUUUAUAUAUAUAUGCAUACAUAUAUAUAUAUAUAUAUAGCCUUUGUACUUUACUGUGUGUUCCUGGUGAGUACUUGUGUUACAAACACUGUUGUCAAUAUGACUGAUUUUUUCAUCCCCAUAUUGGCCCUUCUCACAGAAAUGACUUACAGAUUCUGUUCCAUCUGUUUCCAAAACUAUAAUCCUACAUGGAUAGCCACACACGCAAGAUUGUAUGAAAUGCAGGAGAAAGUUAUAAGAAUGCCUGUAGCCCAUUGUGCCACAUGGAGGCACUGUGCCCUAGUGUAUAAUGGGCCGAGGGCUGCGUGACUGUUGGGGACACUAACUGUGGGUUGGGUCAAACACAUCAUUGCUGGAUACGGUCUUUCAUUCCAUUCUCCAUACAUUGAUGUGCAGUCUGGACUUUUGCAUGUCGAGAAGACAGUGUCUUUCCCACAGAGAAAAAGCAACUUAUAUCAAAAAGGAAUAAACUUUUUAAAAAAUACUUAUAUUAAAAAAGAGGUUGCUGCCUGAAAUCCUGAAAGACCAGUCUAUCCUUGCAGCUGGGGCUGAGGAACAAGGUCCUUUGGGGCAGCAGACUGAACCACAGAACUGUGCUACAGGUCUUUGCUGAGUAUAAGGCAGCUUGCUGUGUUUAAGAGUGAAGAUAGAUUGAUGGUUGUAAAAGUCCUAUCUGUGCCUAUCUUAUUUAUGAAAAUGUUCUAUGUAUUAGCAAAAAUAUGAGUAGGAAUGACUUCAGCUUUGAAAGUCUGUACUAACAUGGACUACUUUACCCCUAAAGGAUGCCUUAUAAUCUUUACAACACGUUCUUCCAAAGUAUAAAUAUCUGGAUACUGAAGUUAACCUCCGAAUGGUUUUCUUGGUGCCAUAGAAAUGUCCAGAGGCUUGUCAUGCUGGGCUCUGUGUAAAGCUUACUUGUAACAGGACUGGUAUAGGAAAGGGGUUUCUGGUGACCAGUGUUGUGUGUCAGAGGAGCAGAACUACUUUUCUGUAAAUGUCAACAAGCCUACAACGUAUCUACCUGAGAGGGGCUUAUAUUUGAUGGGAGAAGCAUGCCUAUCAGUGGGGGAAAGAGAGUUGUUUUUUUUCAUUCCUUAGCCCCUUCUGUUUUCCUCGGAUCCCUUUGACACAGUAGCAUGAGAUCCUGUAGUUUUAUUAGUCUCCGGCAUCCUGAGAAGUUCAGUUUUAUGCCUGUCUAUCACCUGGAUCAUUUCAUCUCUGUCACGAGACGGUUAAGUUUCUCCUCAGCUGUUCUGUCCACAAAUGCUUUUCCUUCACAUCAAACCCACUGAUCAAGAGGAAGCUGGGUUUUAAUUAUGGAAGAUGUUGUUUAUGUACUUAAAUAUUAUUUCUUUGCACUCUGUGUUUAGUAUCUAAUUGGUAAAGGCAUGUUCUCUUUUGGCAGGGUACUUCAGGGAGAAAAAAAAACGGGGGAAGGAAAGCAAUGUAAGAGGUCCUAGGUGAAGUUGUUAGGGUAAAUAAAAGAUGUCUAAUGCCUGAAAACAUACAUAUCUAUAUGUACACACACAGAUGGAGGGUUACAGUGCUGCAUAUAGAGUUUCUACAUGAUCAGGGCUUUGUUUAGACAUACGUAAAUGGUGAUUAAGCUGUUAGAUGGGGAAGAGGAGGUUUUGGCCUUAGCUGUAGAGUGAAUACAUCUGCUCUAUGUUACUACUACUGAUAGUAGCGUGUUUGAUGCUUUGAAUCAACUGGAGUAAUUUUAACAUGUAAUUGCCCAUUUGACAAGAAUUUUACAUGGAGAUAAUCAUCCAUUGUAGAGACCUCUCAGGUUUCACAAAGCCUCUUUAUCCUAAUGUCAGCCUGUGGUAUUCUGUACUCUUGCGCUGUCCAGCGUCCCUCCCACGCUAACUGGCCUGCAUAAGCCCCAGCAUCUUACCUCUCUGGUAAUGAUUGGUUCCAGAUGAUUUUAAAAAGGAAUGGUCACACAAAAAAUGCUUGCAUGGUGGUGGUCACAUGGAAAAUAAUAUCUCUUAUCUGUUUCUUGAUAUCCCCAGAAUCGCAGAAUUGUACAACAACCCAUGGGUGAGACCUUGAAAGUUCACUGGUCCAACCUUCCAACCCCUACCAUUCUGUGAUUCUGUGUAAAGGAGCCAAGAUGGAAUUAUCUAGUACCCUAUCCAGUUGCAUCCUUAAAGCCUCCUCUCACAGGGACUCUUACCAUGUCUGUGGGAAGGCUGUUCCAGUGGAUGAUUGUUCCUGCUAUAAAAAUUACCUUAAGUAAUGCUCUGUUUCAGGAGGGAAAUGUUUAAAGUUGGAUCUGGUGACCUGACAAGGGGUAAUGGAAAGAAGAUGGAACACAAAAAGUUCCAUCUAAACAGGAGGAAAAACUAUUUUUGCUGUGAGGGUGAGGGAGCCCUGGCACAGGCUGCCCAGGGAGGGUGUGGAAUCUCUUUCUCUGGAGGUUUUCAAACCCACCUGGACACAUUCCUAUGCGACCCGAUCUAGGUGGACCUGCUUGAGUACUAGAUGAUCUCUAGAGGUCCCUUCCAACCCCUACCAUUCUAUGAUUCUAUGAACUACUGGAAGAGUUCUGACUAGGCCAAGCAAUAGAUAGAAGGUUCUCUGACAGCAAAUCUUCCCAGAGCACUCCUUUAGAAACCAUCUUGCUGUUCUCUGCAACCAUUGCCAUGGUACCACAUCAUCUCUCAGUGUGAUUUUAUUAUUACUGCUCUUCUUAACAUCCCUGUGAGAACGCAACUGUAUCUUGGGUCUGCUGCAGCAUGAAACAUUUCAAAACAAAUUAUUUUGGGUGUGUUUCAAAGAAAUUACUUUGUUUGGAGAAGUUUGAAAUGGAUGCCUUUGCAGACAGAGCUUACCUUGGAGAACUAUUGACCACCCGCUGCCCUCCCAGAUGAGCCAUUUUCAGAUGAAUACCAAAGUUCUACUGAAGCUAUUUCAAACUACACAAGAAAAAAACCCACAAAACUUACGUAAGGGAUGUGCAAUCUGAAUUUCCUUUGCCAAUUUGUUACUAGCCUUUCCAGCUUUGGGAUGUGAAGGUUAUUGUUCUCAGCCGUGCAUCGGAGGUUUUGCGUAACAACUGUUCAGUAACAAAGUGGAAUGACUUGGAGCCAAAGGAGCGAUGUUGUGUACCGUUCUGUGUAUUGUCAUUGUUUAUUGCUAAGACUAUUAUUUAACUGAAUACUGUCUGUGGGCACAUGGGCUCUGAAGUAAAGGAGCAUCAAGGUACAGAA